CUUGGUAGGUCCCCAGCCCGCCCACAAAGCCCGCGUCCAGGACUCGACGCGGACGUGUUGGAGAGGAGAGAACCAACUCCGAUUACUAUGAACGCCCACACCGAGCCGCCGCCUCCUCUGGACCUGGCCCCCGCGAGCUCCGACAACUCGGGCACCGACCAAGACAGCGCCGCCGUGGGUCCGCUCGCGCACAAUCCAGAAGGCCGCCACCUCCGCUUCAACGUCGACGACGCGCCUCAACAAGGCACCCACCAGCUGUCCCGAGAUGCCGGCGACCAAGCCCUGGAAUCUGCCGACCUAGCCAGUGAGGGUGCCUGCCUCCCAGCAGCUCCACCACGUGGCGCCACCAACGCAACCGCACCAGGAACAGCGACAGCGACAGCGACAGCGAGAGCUACAGCUGCCGCGCCCACUGCAUUCCCAGGAGCUCACGUCCUCGUUCACGACUACGACAACUCCGCCGCCGCCAUCCCCGAGCCGACCGCAGCGACUCCUCCUCCUCCUCACCAGAAUCCCCAUCUUUACGGCUCCUUCCACCCCGAUCUUCUAGACCGCGACUUGACCCCCGUCCCCUUCGACACGCCUGCGCUCAGCCGUACUUCGACGAAUAAUACCUCGAGGAGCACAAGUCGUGGCAGCUUGACAGCCGCCGCGACUGGUUCCAUCCUCUGCGCGACCCCGUCCACGGACAAGGCUACCGCGGCCAACGCGACCGCCUUCAACCACAACAGAGGGCACCCCGCCAUUGCCCGCCCGUCCUCCCAGCCCCAGCAGCUCAACGACCCUCAGCCUCCACCUUCUGCCGUCCGCAAGACGUCGCCCGGCUUGGCCGCCAGGCUCAAGGCAUUGGGCUUUGGCGCCGCCAAGAAGGCCCCUCCCACGCCGCACUUCGACAGCGUUGGUCGCCUCGACGAACAGCAACUCCGUCAGCUCGACCAGAAGCACCAGGCCGCCUCCAUCAAAUCCGUCAUAUCCAGGCGCGGCCGGCCUUGGAAAGGUGCCGGCGCCGCAUCCGCCUCAUUGACGUCGCUCGAUUCGACGGCACUGCCUAUCAUUGCCGCCGAGUCUCCUCAGCUGCCCGAGAUUCAGGCCCCAGAGCCCCUGGCCAUGGACACACAAAAGUACCGUCUGCCGGACCACACCAACGGUAAUGGCACAAAGGUCACGCUCGAUACUCGCCGUGAGCACCUCGAGCGCAUCAUCCACCCACCUUCUCCCCAAGACAUGCACCAGCAGCCGCUGCCGCCGCCGCCGCCGCCAAAGGACACGCCGCCGUCCACAGUCACGCCUCCAGCCGUCGCCUCUCCCAGCGAUUAUACACCUGGACUAAGCUCCUACUUUACGCCGGGCCACACCCGGCCGGGGUCUAUUUACACCUUGUCUCGCGCCUCAUUUGCCAACCAGCUUGCCCAGUUGACGUCCCUGCAGCUCCCCGAUGCAGAGACGUUGUCAAGUAGAGUUUCUGCUAUACCUACCGCCCAGGUUGCCUCCAAGGCGCUCAUCAACGCCGCCGAUCAGAUUAGGAGCUGGAUCUUCAAGGCGCAAGAAGUCAUUGGCGGCCUCGACAGCGAAGAUGAUGUUGAAUGGGCGGCCGCCGGUGGCCGCGAAGGCCUGGAGGAGGUCGAGGCUGCGAUUGCUCGCUUCGAGGAGCUUAUCAACGCAUACGUCAGCGCCAUCGAGGAACUCCAGGGCCGUGACGACAUCUCCACCGUGCCCUCCGAGGACCUGAAGCGUGCCGUGAGCCAGAUGGAGUCCGUCAUCGACGAGUGGGCCAAGAUUCGAGCCACCCUGCACAGCGUGCGCGCGCAAGUGGAAAUUGCCAUGGAGUGGGAGGAGCUGUGGAACAACGUCCUGGGCGACAUUCAAGGCGAGAUGGACGAACUUAGCCGGCUGGUGUUCGAGAUGGAGGAGCGCCGCCACAAGAGCAUCGUCGCCGCCGCCAGCGGAGACAACGUCGACAUUGGCGACCUCGAGACCAUCGUUGAGGACACGCCGGCGCCAGGUCCGCGAUUGCAGGCCCCUGGCCGACUCAGCCUCCCUCCGAUGAGCCCCGGCACACCCGACACGCCGACCUUGUCGCAAGACGACUCCAGCCUCCUGGCCCUUUUCGCGCGAAUGCAGCCGUUGAGAGCAUCACUCGACUUCCUGCCCAUGCGACUGUCUGUCUUUGAAGCGAGGGCCGAAAAGUCGUUCCCGACUGCUUGUGAAGAGCUCGACAUGCGGAGGGAUGGCCUGGAUGCCAGUUACAAGAAGCUGGAGAAGGACGCCGAGUCUCUGCGCAAGGAAUUGGGCGAGGACCGCUGGGUCAUUGUCUUUCGCGGGGCCGGCCGCCAAGCACAAAAGAUGCACGAGUCCGUUCAGCGCUCGCUGCUCAAGUUUAGAGAGGCGGUAGACGCCGGCCUGCAUUUGACGAACCCCCCAGCCAUGAUGAAGAAGGUGGAAAGCUACGAAGCUAAGAAGACUCACUACGGUCCCGCCAUUGAGAGGGUUCUGUCCAUCAUCGACAAGGGGGUCCAGGAGCGCCUCACCGUCAACGGGGAGAUUCUACGCCUUCACAGCGAUAUGCAGGCCCGGUGGCAGUCUCUCAAGGAGCAGAUGCGGGAGUCAGAUGCAGUUGUCGAGGAGAUGCAUGCUGACAGACGCGGCGGCCAGCACCUCCGAGACUCGGUUUCUAGCAUGCUGUCCAACGACAGAUCUACCACCGGGAGCGGCCGUGAGACGCCUGGCAGCUCGCCGCCCUCUUCGGUCAUCAUGUCUAGCCUCGGAUUCGACCCUCGCACUCCGCAGCCGGCCGCCAAGGGAAGGUCUCCUCGUGCUGGUUCAGUCCCUCGCCCGUCCGGCCGGCGGCACUCGUCCCUCCCCGCGCCGACGUCCUACCAGUCCCAACGGAAAGGGCCGCGACUGUCCACGAUUGCCAGCUCAUCCACCGUCACGCCGGUUCCUGGGGGCAUGACGCCUCGGCCCGGAUCGACGGCGGGCCAUCGGCCCCCGUGGAACGGAUCCACCAAUGUCGCGACCCUGGAUACCGGCCACAACUUCAAACCCAUGAGCCUCACGACGCCGAGCCCAUAUGCCCGGACACCGAGCACUCAGCGAUCCGUGUCGGCUGUCACGCCCUCUACUGCUGGCUCGAGAUUGCCGACGCUCCGGAGCAGCGUCGGGCGGGCCGGGCCCCUAUUCUCAGCAAACCCUUACCAAGCCGCGGCUCUCGACCCAGGCCUCCACGCCGGUGAUGCCUGCCAGGCGCCACGUAUCCAUGCAGCCAUCGAUGUCCGAAACGACAGCCGACAACAGCCAGCCGGCUCGUCCGGCCAGCUCCCUAGCAUCCUCGUCGCGCCGAAGCUCGCUACUCCCGUUGCCAAAGGGGACGAAGGAGGGAAGCACAGGGCGUGA